AUGGGUUUUUCUUUGGCUUUUGAAGAAACAGAACAAGAUACAAGGUUUUUAGGUUCCAACAAUAACAAAAAUUCUAUGAUCAUGGCUUCUUCUAAUGUUGUUAAGAGCACAACAAAUUCAUCAACAACUCAUCUUGAAUCAAUCUCUCAACAACAACAAAACCAUCAUCAUCAUCUUCAUCUUCAUCAUCAUCAGCAUCAACAGCAGCAUCAACAGCAGCAUCAUCAGCAACAGCAUCAUCAUCAGCAGCAUCAGCAACAACAUCAGCAUAUGAAUGAUGAUAAUCAAAUUUCUUUUGGAAUGAUGCCAUCUUCAUCUUCAUCCUCUAUUCCUAACAACUACUUAAGCAAAGAUUCAAGUGCUUUUGAUUUAGGUGAAUUGGAUCAAGCUUUUUUCUUGUAUCUGGAUGGACAAUCACAACAAUCACAAGCUGAUCCUUCUACUCUUCAAGAUCAAAGACAAAAUUCAUCAUCAUCAGGAAUGCGGCCACCACCAACUCUUAACAUUUUCCCAUCUCAACCAAUGCAUGUAUCACCACCACCACCACCCUCUAAUUCAAAGGCUAGUAUGGGAUUAACUUCUCCACAAACAAGUGGUUCCAAAAAAAUAUCUCAACCGUCCAUGGAGUUGGCAAACCAACGAAACGAAACCCUUUCUGCACCUGCACCACCAAAACCUGUCAAGAGAGAGAACAAUCGCAAGGGUACAACUUCAAGUUCUGAACAUGAAGGACCAAAAACGCCCGAUCCUAAGACUCUGAGAAGACUUGCUCAGAAUAGAGAGGCAGCAAGGAAAAGCAGGCUUAGGAAAAAGGCUUAUGUUCAGCAGCUAGAAUCAAGUAGAAUUAAGCUUAAUCAGCUUGAACAAGAAUUACAGCGUGCUAGAGCUCAAGGCGUUUUAAUGGGGGGAGGUGCAAUUUUGGGAGGAGAUCAAGGCAUGCCAAUUUCUAUGAACAACAUUAGCUCAGAAGCUGCAAUGUUUGAUGUGGAAUAUGGGAGAUGGUUAGAGGAGCACCUAAGGCUUGUAUGUGAGCUAAGAGCAGCAGUAGAUGAACACUUGCAUGAAAAUGAGCUUAGGUUAUAUGUGGAAAAUAGUUUGGCUCACUAUGAUCAAGUACUUAACCUCAAAAACAUUCUAGCUAGAACAGAUGUUUUUCAUCUUGUUUUCGGAAUGUGGAAAACACCGGCCGAGCGUUGCUUCAUGUGGAUCGGCGGAUUCAGACCAUCUGAACUCAUUAAGAUAAUUGCAAGUCAAAUUGAGCCUCUUACGGAGCAUCAAAUACUAGGAAUAUGUGGGUUGCAACAAUCAACACAAGAAGCAGAAGAAGCUCUUUCUCAAGGGCUUGAUGCACUCAACCAAUCUCUUUCUGAGACCAUAACAUCAGACUCUUUGAGCCAACCGCCUAACAUGGCUAACUACAUGGGACAAAUGGCUGUUGCCAUGAACAAGCUUUCAACUCUUGAAAGUUUUGUGAGACAGGCAGAUAAUCUGAGGCACCAAACAAUUCAUCGUCUUCAUCAAUUGUUAACAAUUCGUCAAACUGCAAGGUGUUUGAUUGCAAUGUCGGAAUAUUUUCACCGUCUUCGAGCAUUGAGUACUCUCUGGUUGACCCGCCCUCGUCAAGAAUAA